CCCACCUCUUCUUCCACCUCCCUCCCCGUCGAAUCCGCAGCAGCACCCAUGGCGCCCAAGGCCGAGAAGAAGCCGGUGGAGAAGAAGCCCGUGGAGGAGGAGCCGGCGACGGAGAAGGCCAAGAAGACCCCCGCCGCCAAGAAGCCCAAGGCGGGAAAGAGCCUGCCCGCCGGGAAGACCGCCGCCAAGGAGGGCGGUGAGAAGAAGGGCAAGAAGAAGGCCAAGAAGUCCGUGGAGACGUACAAGAUCUACAUCUUCAAGGUGCUCAAGCAGGUCCACCCUGACAUCGGCAUCUCCUCCAAGGCCAUGUCCAUCAUGAACUCCUUCAUCAACGAUAUAUUCGAAAAGCUUGCGGGCGAGUCGGCCAAGCUUGCGAGGUACAACAAGAAGCCCACCAUCACGUCCCGGGAGAUCCAGACCUCCGUCCGCCUCGUCCUCCCCGGCGAGCUCGCCAAGCAUGCCGUUUCUGAGGGCACCAAGGCCGUCACCAAGUUCACCUCUUCCUAGGCUGGUCUCCCUCCUUGGACGGUCUCAUGUAUCGCCUGUCUCCGUGUUACUACUUCCAUGUUCCAGUUGUACUCUGUAGUUAGAUGCUCCAGCGUGUCAUGUCUCAUGACCGUGUGAUUCUGUAGUAAGAAAAUGUGCUGGCAAGUUGUAACAGCACUGUUAUUUCAGUCUCAAGUUAGUACUAAUGUUCUUCA